UUUUGUAGAUGGCUCGGUAUUGCUCACCGUUUCAUCAACUAAAGAUUCAGUAUGGCACAAAUAAAGGCAAAAACUACACUGAAGAUGAAGAUCGUUUUUUGAUCUGUAUGCUCUAUCACCUAGGACUAGAGAAGGAGAAUGUUUAUGAUGAGCUACGAUCUGCUGUUCGGCGUGCACCACAGUUUCGUUUUGACUGGUUUCUCAAGUCACGGACAGCAAUGGAACUGCAGCGUCGAUGCAAUACUCUUAUUACACUCAUAGAACGAGAAAACCAAGAGCUGGAUGACAGGCAAAAGAGAAUGAAGCCUGGAGAUAAUGGACAAACUACUUCAGCAAAGGCUCAGAAACGCAAAGCUAAAGAUGGAACAACGGGUCUUGGGCGUCCUCCCAAAGCCAAGAAAUUGGCUCUAGAAGGAACAGGCAUGAGUCAAUAACUUAUAGCUUGCCAGCUAGAAUAAGAAUCAGUUGCUAUGAUAACUUAAGAUGCUGAGUUAUAAAUCGUUAUAAAUUACAGGAUCAUAAUUAAUAGAGUCCCGGAUCACA